AUGGGUGGAGGGCAAGAGGUAGAAGAGUUUAGCAGUCAAGAUCCUCAGUGUAGUGGGUUCAAAUUACAAGAUGUUGAUGCUGCAUCACCUCAUUUGUAUAUGAUGGGAGAAGAGGGAAGCAAUCGAGGAAGAGGUACGAAUAAGCGUUUUUGGACCUUUGAGGAAGAUACGGUGCUCAUAAAAUAUUUACAUGAGUUAUCUCUCGAUCCUAAAUGGAAAAGUGAAAGUGGCUUCAAGAGUGGUUACAUGAAUAAGUUGGAAGAAAUGAUAAAAUCUGUGCUACCUAAUUGUGGCUUGAAAGCUGAUCCACACAUUGAGUCAAGGAUUAAGCAUUGGACAGAGAAAUAUAGUGCAAUGGCAGAGAUGUUAUCUACUUCUGGAUUUGGAUGGGAUUCGGACAAAAAAAUGUUGCAAGUAGAGAAGAUUGUAUUUGAUGAAUGGGUUAAGGCUCACAAGAAAACAAAGGGGUUGUAUGGAGUACCCUUUCCUCAUUAUGAGACACUUGCUGAAAUCUAUGCAAAAGAUAAAGCAACCGAAGAAGUUAGUGAAUCAUUUGUUGGAGCUAUUGAUAACAUGAAUGUUGAAAUUGCAAAUCAGUCUAUAACAAUAGAGAGUGACGAAGACGGUUAUAUGGAUUCUCCCACUCAUUCUACCCAUUCCACUCAAUCAACAACUCAAUCCCAUAAGCGGCCAAUGAAGAAAGAGGAUGAUAAUACUCCUUCCAAGAAAGCAAAGAUGAAAGAAAUGAAGGGAAAAGGAAAGACACAUCAAAAGGUAGAUGAUGCUAAUGAGUUAGUAGCUUCUCUUCAUAAUACAUCUAAAACUUUUGGGAAAAUUUUUGAGGACAUAAAUGCAAAUCUUGGAACUAUGGCAAAUUCAUGGUCCAAAGCCGAAGAAAGGGAGCAAAAAAUGGAUGAUGAAGUGAAUAAGGUGUUAGAAGAAGUUAUGAAAUUGGAUGGUGUUUCUCUUCGGAAUCUUUAG